AUGUCGAUUGGUGUGCCUAUCAAAUUACUUCACGAAGCUCAAGGACAUGUUGUGACCUUAGAAUUAAACAAUGGGACAGUUUACAGAGGAAAAUUAUCUGAAGCUGAGGAUAAUAUGAACGUACAACUUCGUGAAAUUACUGUUACGGCAAGGGAUGGACGUGUAUCUCAAUUAGAUCAAGUUUAUAUCAGAGGUUCACACGUCAGAUUCUUUAUCGUACCAGAUAUGUUAAAGAAUGCUCCAAUAGCUCAAGCACGUGGAGGUAGAGCUAGAGCAUUCCGUGGUGGACCUCGUGGCAAUCGUGGACGUUCACAAUAA